CUCUCUCUCGCCCCCCCCCCUCUCUCGCUCUCUUCACUCACGCCUCCCUCCCUAACUGCGUUUGUCUUCAAUCCGAAUCGGGCCGCCAGUCUCACGGUUGUGUGCAUGCGUGUUCCCGUUUCAGAACAUGACGGUGGAGAUGGGCUGCUUCAGGUCUCUGCGGGACCUGGAGCUGCGUCUAUUGACGGCGACGAACGAGCUGGAGAAGGAGCGAGAGCAGCGGCAGGAGCUGGAGACUCGACUCCAGUACUUAGAACAACAGCUCGAGAAGAAGGAGGCUGAGGUGGCGCAAUUAAAGAGCGAGCGGUCACUGGAGGCAGCAGCGAGGAAAUCGUGCGAGGUGGCCGGGUGUGACCGAGGUGGUCACGGCCGUCCCAUCAUGCGCGAGCCGCUGCCCGACAGCUGCUUCCUCCUCGCCAAGCGCGUGCCCAAGUCGACCAGCACGGCACACCUGGUGGAGCAAGCUGUUCGCAGUAACGAGCUGCUCAAGCGCAUGCAGCCCGGGCAGACGGUGCUGCUGGGAGACUGCAUGUCCGAGACGACGCGGGCACGCGGAGAGACGAUCAUAGAGGAGGGAGAUAGUGGCGAGAGCAUGUACAUCCUCAUGAAGGGCCUGCUGGACGUGUCCAAGCAGGGCAAGUCGCUCUGCACGUUGCAGCCCGGCGCUCUGUUCGGGGAACUCGCCAUCCUCUACGACUGCACCCGCACGGCCACCGUCAGGGCGCUCACGGACGUGCGGCUGCUCUACCUGAGCCGCCACGCGUUCCGCUCCGUACUCAUGCGCGAGUCGCAGUUACGGAGGAAGCUCAUCAUCAAGUUCCUCAAGACCGCAAAGACCCUGAAAAACCUUCCAGAUGAACAACUUUCCAAAAUGUUUGAUUGCAUGGAGGAGAGUGCGUUCGCGGACGGGGAGGCCAUUGUGAACGAGGGCGAGGUGGGACACAUCUUCUACGUCAUCUUGCGUGGACAGGUGCGCGUGUCCCAGGAGGUGGAGGGGAGCCCGAGGUUGAUUCGCGUGCUCGAGCCCGGUGAUCAUUUCGGAGAACUCGCCCUCAUCCGGAAUAUACGACGCACAGCAACCUGCACGGCGGUGGGAGCGGUCACGUGCCUCACGCUGCACAGCGAAGUGUUCGCAGAGACAAUCCCCUUGGAACAAAUCGAACUCCCAACUGAGCUGGAUUGCUUCACUCAGCCUGCGGUGGCGAACAGCGUGGCUACGGUCAGCAGGGAGCGGCUCGUGGCCAGCGACACGGAGGAGGAGGAGGCGGCCGCUGCCGUGUGCUGCCUCUCGCACCUGGAGCCCGUGCGCUACGCCGACACGGACGAGCCCGUGACCCUGGGGGUCGGCGCGUUCGGCCGCGUAGACAUGGUUUGCUGCGGAAGCACCGUGUUCGCCCUCAAGAAGAUCGGCAAGGCCAACGUCGUGCAGCUGCACCAGGAGGAGCACGUGCGCGCCGAGCGGCACAUCCUCGCCGAGGCCCGGUCUCCCUUCAUCGUCAGGCUCUACCGCGUGUUCAGGGACACCAAGUUCGUGUAUUUUCUGCUGGAGAUGUGCGAGGGAGGGGAGCUUUGGAGCAAGCUGCGUGAUGCGGGGAAGUUCGACGAGACGACGGCCGUGUUCUGCUGCGCGUGCGUGGUGGAGGCAUUCGACUACCUGCACACGCGCGGCAUCAUCUACCGCGACCUCAAGCCCGAGAACCUCAUGCUGGACCGAUAUGGAUACAUCAAGCUCGGAGAUUUUGGCUUUGCGAAGGAGCUGCAGCGGGGAGAGAAGACCUACUCGUUCUGCGGGACUCCCGAGUACCUGGCGCCCGAGGUUCUGCGCAACGAAGGUCACGACUUCGGUGUCGACUUGUGGGGGCUGGGAAUCCUCGCCUACGAGCUGCUCACGGGAUCCCCCCCGUUCACGAGCAUGGACCCCAACCGGAUCUACAGCAAGAUCCUGGAGGGCAACGUGAUGUAUCCCCUCUACGUGGGGGACAGCGCGCGCUCCUUCGUCCACAGGAUGUGCAGACCACGUCCUGGGCAGCGGCUGGGCAACGGCAAGAAUGGGCUGGCGAGCGUGCGCAACCACAGUUGGUUCCGAAACAUGGACUGGAGGAAGCUGCAGUCGUGUCAGAUCGAGGCGCCCACCGCUCGACUCAUCCGGAAGGGUUCCCCAUACGUCAACUUUGACCGCCUGCCCCGCGACCCGCAGGAGCCACCCGACGAACUCUCCGGAUGGGACAUCGACCUGUGCACUUAAGACGAUACACAUCUCCACGCGUGCGUCCGUGCGUGUCUACCUGUGUACAUGGCGCAGUGGUUAGCGCACCGUGAUAAGAAAAAACGGCGACCCGAGUUCGAUUCCCGCUCAUGGCCAACAUUGGUGAAGAAUAUCGGAACUGGUCCUGGGCCUCCCCUAAGUCGACUCAGCCUUAGAUGAGUACCCGGCGUGUGUAAAUAGCACCGCUGGAGAGACAAAGGCAGCUGGGCGUGGUGCUGGCCACCCACCCUGUGGUGUGCCGUUAUCAAUCUUAGCACUUGCUCUAACAGUCUGUUAGACACUCUACUGGGAUCUGUCUUUUUACAAAUGUGCAAGUGUAUAUGUGUAUGAUUGUAUCUGUAUGUCUCCUAGUAUGCCUGUGUAUAUCGGGGAGACAAAGGUCAAAGGUUGCCGGGAGUAGUGCUGGCCACCCAUGCCCUCGUGUGCCGUGCCGGCCUUCAUAGGUGCUCGCUAGCAGCACUUGUCUCAGCAGUCUGUUAAGGCUAUACGGAGGGGAAAGGGGCCUUUGUCUUUGUAUGUAUGCUUGCGUAUAUCUUAGUGUGUCCUCGGGAAACGGUGGUGCAGUGGUUCGUACACUGCACCACGGAACCGAGACACCUGAGUUAAGUUCCGAGCCAUGAUCACCAUCAAUGGCGAGUAGUAAACAACUGUUCUCGGCCUCCCCUAGGUCGACUCAGCCUUAAUUGUAUACUCGUUGUCUUACGUGUAUAUAUCGGCACUGGGGGAGACAAAGGCGGAUAGGCGUGGUGUUGUCCACAUCGCCCCCUCGCGUCCACUGCCAGCCUAAACAGGUGCUCGUUGACUGACAGCACUUGUCUCAACAGUCUAGAAGCUGUACGAGGGAUAUUUUGUUCUUAGUCCGACAGAGAAAAUGAGCGUUGACAAAUAUGGAACCGUUAGAUUUUCGUUUGUGGAGAAUAUUAACGGAAGAGAUCAGAAGACGAUUGUUUCUUUCACACGUCUCUCUGCGUAGAACAUACAAUUUUGAAAUAAAACUAAAAUCUUUCUUUGUAAAAUGCACGAGGCCCCAAGGCCUUCUGGGAGUGCGUCGUUUUUCGGUAGCGUUGAUUCGGCACAAGCAAAACUCACUCCCCUGUGCAGAAUUAGUGUUUUUAUGGUUUAAAUUGUGUACACAGGUGACGUACAUAAUGGUAGGUUUAGUAUAUUCAUAGAAUGUUGACGCGUUAACAAUGUGAACGGUACAGUUAUUGCACACAAGUUGGUCUUAUUAUGAUUGAGAAUGUGACACUUCAACACAGUGCUGCAAAUAAAUAUGAUUGAUGGUAUUAGAGUUU